AUGCAAUUACUUCCUGGACGAGCACUGCUUUCGGGCCUCCCGGGCCCUCAACCACCCGGCCCACCCAACCCACCCUUUGACCCUCCUCUCGUGGCCCACUUACCAGUCGGCCUCUUUCUUCUGCAACGAUUCCUUCUUGGAACCGGGUUUUGCUAUGCCUGCUCGGAAUGCGAUUUUGAUGUGCACGUGCAAUGCGCGCACAAAGCAGCUGGCAUGCCUAACACGUGUGGGCCCCACGUCACGAGUGUUGUUGUAGGCUCGGGUUUGUCUGUGCCUAAUGAUCAUCGUCAUCAUAGGCCGGUUCAAUAUAAUUCGGUUUAUCCUCCUUCGUCUAUAUUCAUAAUAAUGCCAAGUGGGUCAAAGUCCUGA